AUGUCAACGACCGAUCGUAAAUUGGAAUUAGAACGAAAGAAAGCGAAACUUCAAGCAUUGAGAGAAGAAAAGGAUCGUCGUCGGCGCGAAAAAGAACAAAAGGAUGCAGAAGAAGCAUUGCAAAGAGCAUCAAAUGCCUCCAGCCUGGACAGUCGUCGUGAUUUGGAUGAAAUGCUGUCGUCGUUGGGUGUUGCACCAGUAAAGGAUGUCCUAUCAUCUUUAUCUUCCAUGACGUCACUGACACCACCCCAGACAGCCUCACCAGAUGCUAGUCUCCCACAUACUGACAAAUCAAGUCUUCCAUCUCACGGUACCCCGAAGAAACCUCCACAACUACAAGUGGUAUCCGUUCAGUCCACAGACAUACCUCCGAAAGAAAAUGUCACAUACGCUAAACAAACACAGACCACCACUUCCGGGGUGACAGAGCUACGAGAUGGAUACAUGGAGGACUGGUUGCGGCCGCGGAAAGCGCACGCGGCCGACUACUACGACGAGUACAAUCUAAACCCGGGUUUAGAGUGGGAGGACGAGUUUACAGGCGAAGACGAAGAGGCGGCCUUUCACGGAAAGCUGCCGCCGGGCAUCCUGCCGCACGGGCUGCCCACCGUCAAGGAGGUGCAGCCGGCCGUCACCGCUACGCCGCACGAGAAGAAAGAGGAAGAGAAGGAGAAGAAGAUUCGCGAGCUGAGCAAUGACGAAAAGCAGACAAUCAUGCUCUCAGCCGAAUUCCAGAAAUUUAUCAGCAAAGCGGGGCGAGUGAUCGAGCGGGCACUCGCGGAAGAAGUCGACAUCUAUACGGAUUACACGGGCGGUGGAGACAACGAGAAUGCACAGGAUGACAAAUCAGCGGCUCGUUUGUCUCUGGUCCGGACGUUCUACGACGAGCGCUGGUCUCGGGGCCGUUGCGUCACCUGCGUGGAUUGGUCCUCUGCGCACCCCGAGCUGAUGUUGGCUUCCUACCAUAACAGCGAUGACGCACCACACGACCCAGACGGGGUGUGUCUCAUCUGGAACACCAAGUUCAAAAAGACCACACCUGAAGAUAUCUUCCACUGCCAGUCUCCGGUUAUGAGCGCUACUUUCGCCAAAUUCCAUCAAAACCUUAUCCUCGGUGGCACAUAUUCUGGACAGAUAGUGUUAUGGGACAACCGUGUUCAAAAACGUACACCCAUUCAACGAUCUCCGCUCUCAUCCCUGGCGCAUACUCACCCAGUGUACUGCCUAUCAGUGGUCGGCAGCCAGAACGCACACAACUUAAUUUCGGUGUCUACUGACGGGCGGAUGUGUUCCUGGUCAUUGGACAUGAUGUCUCAGCCCCAGGAGACAUUGGAACUACAGCACAGACAGAGCAAGGCCGUGGCCGUAACGUCCAUGGGCUUUCCGCACGGCGACGUCAACAACUUCGUUUUGGGGAGCGAAGAUGGCAACGUGUAUACUGGCUGUCGGCACGGUCAGCGCGCUGGCGUGUCGGAGUGCGUCGAAGCCCACGCCGGGCCGGUCACGGCCGUGUCCUGCCACGCCGCGGCCGGGCCGCUAGAUCUGUCCCAUCUCUAUCUCACCGCUUCCAUGGACUGGAGCGUGAAAUUGUGGAGUCUUAAGGAGAACAAAGCUCUGUACUCGUUCGAAGACAGCGGCGAUUACGUGUCGGACGCGCGCUGGUCUCCCGUGCACCCGGCUCUGUUUGCCGCUGUCGACGCGCACGGCCGCUUAGACCUCUGGAACCUCAAUCGCGACACUGAGGUCCCGAUAGCGUCGAUCACGAGUCAGGAUGGCGUAGCAUUCAAUAGAGUGUCGUGGUCGCCCAACGGCUCUCUGCUCACUGCUGGCGACGACGCAGGGAAGAUUUGGGUCUAUGAGCUAGCGGAGCAAGUGCACCAGCCGCGGCAUGACGAAUGGACGAAACUGGUGUACACACUUCAAGAGCUGCGCAACAACCAGUUGGACGAGGAGACCGACCGACUCAGUGUGACCAGUGGUCCACCAUCUCUCGGAAGUCUCACUUCACUGUCCAGCAACCCACUUAGAUAA